AUGAUCUCUGAAAGUGAAGAACGAAGAAGAGUUUUCAAGUUUUAUAAAAGCAUCACCGAUUGUCCUGCCAAGUUAGAUGAAGUCGAUAGAUCAUUAGAUGAGCUUGUGUCUAAAACAACGCUCCAAAAUUCAAGCAGUGAGUUUCUCAAGCGUUCCUUUGCUGUCCAAUAUAACUAUGAGGAAGAAUUCUACAUAUUUCGGUCAGCUAUUUCUGAUGCUGCUGUCAAUUCGUUUUACGAAGAUAUCUUAUUUGAUUGGCCUAUCAACACUGAGGCGAGAAGCAAUAUUCUUGAAGAAGUGACUCCGAAACUUUGGGCAAUGAGUUUCCAAGAGAUGUCGCCUAACACUAGAGGUCUUCUUGAUCGGCUUAGGUGGAUAACUCUUGGCUAUCAUUAUGAUUGGGAUAACAGAAUGUAUCCAUCUGGCUGUGAACAACCUUUUCCUACUAAAUGUGGUGAAUUCUUUCUCUCAGUAGCCACGAAAAUGCUUGACAUUAUUGGAGACAAUAAGAGCCUCUUAACGGGAAGAGAUUAUUUUUUAAACUUUGUUCCUGAAGCGUCUAUUGUGAAUUGCUAUAGAAAAAAGACCAAUAUGGGAUUUCACGUGGAUGAUUGCGAGUUAGCCAAGAAAGCCCCUCUAAUAUCGAUUAGUCUUGGUCGUCCUGCAAUUUUCCUUCUUGAAGCUUCAAAUUACUUUCCUGGAAACUUGCCACAUGGCCAUUCUGAAUUUGGAAAUAAAACGAUAAUCCCGAUUAUUCUAAGGCACGGUGACAUAAUUGUAACUGGGGGACAUAGUCGUCUAGCAUAUCAUGCCGUUCCCCGUUUGUUAUUAUGGGAGCAACCGUCGAAUGAUCUCCCAAUAAGUUUCCUCCCUAAUCUCGUCGAAAGAUUCAGAAAUCGAUUUGGAUUGGAGUGCAAUCGAAAAAUACUUGAGGAUUAUGUCUGCUCUACUCGUUUAAAUGUAAAUGUAAGACAAGUUGUGUGA